GCGAGCCCAUCGCGCCGUGCGCGGAAGGAGCGAGGGAGGACGGGCGGGCGGACCGACCAGCGGGCGGGCGGCCGGGGGGAGGCGCCGCCAGACGGGUGCGCGGCGACCUGAUCCCUGUCCAACAUGGUCGCCGCUCACACCUCCCAUUCCUCAUCCUCCGGCGAGUGGAUCGCUUGCCUGGAUAAAAGACCUUUGGAACGUUCUAGUGAAGAUGUAGAUAUAAUAUUCACACGACUGAAAGAAGUGAAAGCUUUUGAGAAAUUUCAUCCAAACCUUCUCCAGCAGAUAUGUCUCUGUGGAUAUUAUGAAAAUCUGGAAAAAGGAAUCACAUUGUUUCGUCAGGGUGAUAUUGGGACGAACUGGUAUGCUGUUCUCACAGGAUCACUGGAUGUGAAGGUUUCUGAUACAAGCAACCACCAGGAUGCUGUGACAAUAUGCACUCUGGGAAUAGGAACUGCUUUUGGAGAGUCCAUUCUGGAUAACACUCCUCGCCAUGCUACCAUUGUUACAAGAGAAUACAGCGAGCUUCUUCGAAUUGAGCAGAAGGACUUUAAAACACUUUGGGAGAAAUACCGGCAGUAUAUGUCUGGACUUCUCACUCCUCCUUAUGGUGUUAUGGAAACUGGCUCUAACAAUGACAGAAUGCCAGAUAAGGACAGCAUGUCAAGCGGUGCUCUUUGCCAGGUUUCCAAAAAUUGCAGUAAGACACCUCUUAUUGAACCUCACAUCCCACAUCGUUCUACUAAAACCAUUACACAGGUUCCUUCAGAAAAGAUCCUCAGAGCUGGAAAGGUUUUGCGGAAUACAAUUCUGUCCCGAGCCCCUCACAUGAUAAGAGAUCGUAAAUACCAUCUGAAGACUUACAGGCAAUGCUGUGUGGGGACAGAACUAGUUGACUGGAUGAUGCAGCAAAGUCCUUGUGUCCAUUUACGAACCCAGGCUGUUGGCAUGUGGCAAGUAUUGCUGGAAGAAGGUGUUUUGAACCAUGUGGAUCAGGAGCACCACUUCCAGGACAAAUAUUUAUUUUACCGAUUUUUGGAUGAUGAGCAUGAAGAUGCGGCUUUGCCAACUGAGGAAGAGAAAAAGGAGUGUGAUGAGGAGCUACAGGACACUAUGCUGCUUCUGUCUCAGAUUGGGCCAGAUGCUCAUAUGAGGAUGAUUCUCAGAAAACCGCCUGGCCAGAGAACUGUAGAUGACUUAGAAUUUAUAUAUGAAGAACUUCUUCACAUUAAGGCCUUAUCUCAUCUUUCUACCACAGUAAAGCGAGAAUUAGCAGGUGUCCUCAUUUUUGAGUCACAUCCCAAAGCAGGAACAGUCUUAUUUAAUCAGGGAGAAGAAGGUACUUCUUGGUACAUUAUCCUAAAGGGAUCAGUAAACGUAGUCAUUUAUGGCAAGGGUGUGGUAUGUACUCUACACGAAGGAGAUGAUUUUGGCAAGUUAGCACUUGUGAAUGAUGCUCCCAGAGCAGCAUCCAUUGUUCUGCGUGAAGACAACUGCCACUUCUUGAGAGUAGACAAGGAGGACUUCAACCGGAUCCUUAGGGAUGUGGAAGCAAAUACAGUAAGACUCAAAGAACACGACCAAGAUGUCUUGGUGUUGGAGAAGAUCCCAGCAGGAAACAGAGUUUCUAAUCAAGGAAAUUCACAGCCUCAGCACAAGUAUAUUGUGAUGUCAGGAACCCCUGAGAAAAUUUUAGAGCACUUUCUAGAAACUAUGCGCCUUGAAGGAACUCUAAAUGAAGCUACAGAUUCUGUUUUAAAUGAUUUUAUUAUGAUGCACUGUGUUUUUAUGCCAAAUAGUCAGCUCUGCCCAGCCUUGAUGGCACACUAUCAUGCCCAGCCUUCCCAGGGUACAGAGCAGGAGAAAAUGGAUUAUGCCCUCAACAAUAAAAGGCGAGUCAUUCGACUGGUUCUGCAGUGGGCUGCUUUAUAUGGAGAUUUACUACAAGAAGAUGAAGCAGCAAUGGCCUUUUUGGAGGAAUUUUAUGUAUCUGUAUCAGAUGAUACUAGAAUGAUUGCAGCACUAAAGGAGCAGCUUCCAGAGCUAGAGAAAAUUGUAAAGCAAGUUUCUGAAGAACCUAAAGCAUCACAGAAGAAGCACAAAGUUCUUCUGCAGCUGUUCAACACAAGUGAUGACAGAGCACAGAAACGCCAGCCUAUCAGGGGUAGCGACGAAGUUCUGUUUAAGGUGUACUGCAUAGACCAAACCUACACCACUAUUCGGGUGCCAGUUUCUUCCUCUGUGAAGGAAGUGAUCAGUGCAGUAGCAGAUAAGCUGGGAUCUGGAGAAGGCCUCAUCAUAGUAAAGAUGAGCUCAGGAGGAGAAAAGGUUGUGCUCAAACCUCAUGAUGUUUCAGUGUUUACGACUCUGAGUGUUAAUGGACGACUGUUUGCUUGCCCACGUGAUCAGUUUGAUUCAUUGGCACCAUUACCAGAACAGGAAGGACCAUCGACAGGUACAGUAGGAACGUUCGAACUGAUGAGCUCCAAAGACUUAGCACAUCAGAUGACAAUUUACGACUGGGAGCUCUUCAACUGCGUGCAUGAGCUGGAACUGAUUUAUCACACUUUUGGGAGGCACAAUUUUAAAAAAACCACAGCAAAUCUGGACUUGUUUUUAAGAAGAUUUAAUGAAAUUCAGUUCUGGGUGGUCACUGAGAUUUGUCUUUGUGCUCAACUCAGCAAACGUGUUCAGCUGUUAAAGAAGUACAUAAAGAUAGCAGCCCACUGUAAGGAAUACAAAAAUCUGAAUUCCUUUUUUGCUAUUAUUAUGGGACUGAGCAAUGUGGCUGUGAGCCGUCUCUCGUUAACAUGGGAGAAACUUCCAAGCAAGUUCAAGAAGAUCUAUGCAGAGUUUGAAAGCUUAAUGGAUCCAUCAAGAAACCAUAGGGCCUACAGGCUAACUGUAGCUAAAUUGGACCCUCCAAUAAUUCCUUUCAUGCCACUACUUAUGAAAGACAUGACGUUCACUCAUGAGGGAAACAAGACAUUCGCUGACAAUCUAGUAAACUUCGAAAAAAUGCGCAUGAUUGCCAACACUGUCAGGACGGUGAAAUUCUGCCGAAGCCAAGCUUUCAAUCCCGACGCAGCCCUAACUAAUAAGAACCAUCAGGAUGUUCGGAGCUAUGUGCGGCAAUUAAAUGUGAUUGACAACCAGAGAACUUUAUCACAGAUGUCUCACCGACUAGAACCGCGUCGAGCAUAAACAUUUGAAGCCGUGAUGAGAAAUGAUCUUUUAUCCUGUCAAGGUCACUUGUUAAGAACUUCACUUUCUCUGCUACCCCACUGCCACUACAAAAAUAAGCAAAAACAUAUUCUAAGGUCUUAGGCAACGCACAAUGUACCAGCCUGCCAGAGAACUUUGGCUGAGGAAGAAUAUAUGCACUAUAGCUGCACAGGUGGCCGUGUUGUGAACCGUUAAUUCAUUUUAUAGUAAAUGAUUUCUCACAUGGAUAAAAAAGGCAAAGGAUAAAAUAGAACAGUUAGCGAAAAAUGUGCAAAAAGCUUGUAACAAUCCUAAGGGAAGUAGCAUUUUUCUGCCUAAUUAAACAUCUGUAUUUUAUGAUUUAUUCUCCAGGUCAGGACCAAAACUAAUCACCGGUUUAGCUUGCCCAGCUACUGUUGACCUCAGUAGAAGAUGCAUGUAGACAUCUGAUGUAAGAAUGUAGGUUCAAGAGACGUCCAAGGUAUAAUAAGUUCAAUUCAGAGAAGACUUAAGAAGUAUUGCCAUUUGAAAUAUAACAGAUACUAAGAAAAAUUUCUAACCUUAAGUGUACUGCCUACUACUGUGAGCAGUGUGGCCAUUUCAGAGAACUGACAGGACUGAAAACACUUCGAAUGACGAGUAGAUUAACCUGUGUUUACAUUUUACUUCUUUUUUUAAACUACCAGUCAGUUUUUUACAGAAUUCCAUUACAAUAGUAAGGCUGUCAAAAUCAUAGCGUAAAGGUAGCAAAGGACUGGUUCAAAAAGAGCACAAUAUGCACAAACAGAUUUCAAGAGAAUAAUUUCCUGGACAUUAAAACCUUAAACUUUAGCUAUCAUUAAUUGUGGCUGGUUAACACAUAUUUUCUGGUCUUGAGCAUUUACAAAUAUCUUCAUUUUCAGCCAAUUGUUUUGCACUUUCAAUAGACUGUAAAUAAAUGUUGAUUCGUUCUGUUCUACAAUAUUUAUUUAUGUAAUAGCAGUUGUGCCAAAAUAAGUGUUUUAUUUAUUUAGUUUAGCAUGUUAACGAGAGUGAUGCUUUUGUCACUCUUUUUGUGUGCAUUUUAUGUGUAGGAAUUGUGUGAUGUACGUUCACCGUAAAUAACAUGCAGUACUUCAUUAAAUGGAAUUGCUGGAAAGGUCUCGUCACUGGCCUUAUUUGCACUUUCAGCUUCACUCCUGCAUAAAUACUGAUGCUGUUAAUUGGCUGAUAAAGCAAACUGCGCUUGUCAUUUGCUGGGCCUUGAAACUGCAGUUAGACAAUGACCAUUGUGAUACAGGUGACCAGUUUAAAGCCAGUCAGAUCCAUCCCUGCCACACGGGAUGACGGGCUUGCAACCAAUAAAACCAAACACUAUGGUUUUAUUAGCUGGUUUGUUUAGAGUUUCUAAGAAGGCUCCUACCAUCCCAUGUAAACAUAGAAAACAUUUAAAUUGGAAAGGUUAAAAUGAAGAAGGGAUGUAUUCUUCAUUUUAGCUAUCUGACUAAUUUGUCCUGCUCAGUCACUAAUUAAGAGGACUACAAGUUACCUUUUGUUGGACAGCAUUUUACCUCAGGUAGGCUAACUCAAGGUGAGACCUAGGCUAACGGGGCACUUAAGAGGCCUCUGGCUUCAGUCACCUCAGGGAGGUCUAUCAGGUCCUGCAGCCUUGAGGAAAGAGGUGAUCUGGCAUGUAGCCUUUCCUCGCCAAGAUCAUUUGUGCCAGCCUGAUCACUCCAUGGGAGUACUGUGCUGCUGCUGGGCAAGAACUGACAGGGCCAAGCAUGUGCCAAUGAAAUGAUGAUGUUCAAAUGGCAAAAGUCUUCCCUGCUGCAUUUACACCGGCUCUGCUCUGCGAAGCCAGAUGUCAUAAAGCUGGUUAAGCCUGAAAUUGGAAGUGUCACCUAUUAUCUCAUGAUAAAGCUUCAGCGAUGACCUCGUUGAUAUAGUGUACAUUUCACGUCAGACACAGUGUACACUUUUCUUGGCACUGGCCAGGACUGAGUGGAGUCAGUAUACACAUAAAGAUUUUCUUUUUUUAUCUGCACAAAUAAUCACAUCCUUUUAGUCAAAACAUAAAUUCUGCUAAAGCUGAGUGUCACCAGGGAAAUGCUGACACAUAGAACCACUAUCUGCUCAGUACCUGCCAUCUGCAAAGGAAAGAAUUACACAGUUAAGAAACAUUCUUCAGCAUGAUGAAAUAAUUUAUUUUAACUUUGCUGUCUGACUAGAAGUUCAGGAUGAUUCAGAGGAUAACCAGCUAAUAACAUAGAGACAAAUUUGUGUCUUGUUAUUUCAAGUGAGAAAUUGUUCCGUUUGUACUGCUUUAUGAAUAUACUUCAUACGGCUUUUUCAGAUACGGGAUCUUCCCAGAAGCAAAGUAUGCAGUCAAAUAAACUAUAGGGACACAAUUAAUUCAAAAGAUGUUUUUAUCUUUACUUUCAAUUUAUAACAUUUGUGAGGUCAUGAUUUUAUUUGCUCCAGAUUUGUUCCUAUUGUUUGGACUUUCAUUUAUUUCUAUGUUAACUGGUUUAUAAAGCUGCCAAGUUUCAGCUUGGCUCUGCACAGAGACCGAUUCUUCAUCUGUUUAGUAUGUUUUUAUCCCCUUGGUUUAUUCUUUUAUUCCUCAAAACCUCUAACAGUUUUACUUAUAAGUUGCCAAAUGGUCUUUGUUGUGUAGAUACAUCCCAGUGAUACAGACAGAGGCUUUAUGGCACCUCCAUAUGAACGGAUGAAUGCAGUUUACCUACUCUAUGAAACUGGUAUCUGGCAUUUUCUAAUCUUCCAAUAAAGGGUGCUGUAUAAGUAACGAGU